AUGUAUUUUCUACCAGUAUUGCUGUUUUCCCUGGUGGGCUUGUCUGCCUCCCACACCCAAUAUCCAGACAUCUGCAUUGCCAAACCCAAAGACAUCCCUUUGAAUCCUAUAUGCAUCUAUCGGAAGGAAGUGUCAGAAGGAGAGGAGAAGCAGAAGGAGGCCUCUCCCCCAGAGAAGAUUCCUGAAGGUACCAAUCCCAGAGUCUGGGAACUUUCCAAAGCAAACUCCAGGUUUGCCAUAGACUUUUUUAAAGUCCUGGCUGACUCCAAGUCCAACUCUGAGAACCUGUUUAUAUCACCUCUUAGUAUCUCACAGGCUUUCACCAUGGCCAAGCUUGGGUCUUGUGACAACACAUUAAAGGAGCUCAUGCAGGUCUUCCACUUUGACCAAGUUUCCACCAAGGCAUCUGAUCAAAUCCACUUCUUCUUUGCAAAACUGAAUUGUCGAUUGUAUAGGAAAGCUAACAAAUCAUCAGAACUGACCUCAACUAACCGUCUCUUUGGAGAGAAGUCUCUGACCUUUAAUGAAACCUAUCAAGAGAUUAGUGAGGCAGUGUAUGGAGCCAAGCUGUGGCCUCUAAACUUCAAGGAGAAAGCUGAAGAAUCCCGGCAAAUUAUCAAUAACUGGGUUGCCAAUAAAACAGAGAAGCGAAUCAUGGACGUAAUCCCAGAAGGAGCCAUCACAACAGACACAAUCCUAGUGCUGGUGAAUGCCAUCUAUUUCAAAGGAUUGUGGAAAUCAAAGUUUGAUCCAAGAAAUACUUUCAUGGAAGAAUUUCAUGUACCAGAGAAAACAAAGCCCUCUGAGGUCCCAAUGAUGUAUCAGGAUGAUAGGUUCCGCUAUGGUAACUAUAUAAAGGAUUCUGUUGAGGUCCUUGAAAUGCCCUAUAAAGGUGAUGACAUCACAAUGGCGUUAGUGCUGCCCUCAGAAGGAACCCUGCUAGAAACAGUGGAACAAAGCCUUUCCUUGGAGAAGCUAUCAGAGUGGCUGGACAAUAUGCAGGAAAUUCAUUUGAAUGUCUAUGUUCCCAGAUUUCGAAUUGAGGAUUCAAUCAGUUUAAAACAAAAUCUGGAAAAAAUGGGCCUGAAAGACUUGUUUAACCCACAUUCUGCAAAGCUUCCAGGAAUUGUUGCUGGUGGAAGAUCAGAUUUAUAUGUAUCAGAUGCAUACCAUAAAGCAUUUCUUGAUGUCAAUGAGGAAGGCAGUGAAGCGGCAGCCUCGUCAGCUGUGGUUGUAACAGGACGCUCGUUCCCACCGAAACGGAUAAUUUUCAAAGCCAACAGGCCCUUCUUGGUGUUCAUUCGAGAAGUCGCAAUCAACGCUAUUAUAUUCAUGGGUCGGGUAUCUAGUCCUGACAGUAACUAA